AUGGGUGGCUGGACGUUUCGAGAGAGUGGACUGAAGCCCACUAGGUUCGCAGCCAAAGAGGCUGCCAUGAAGGCAUUAUCUCCCCACCGACUCGGUUGGCAUCAAGCUGAAGUGUUGACCGUCCAUGGGAAGAAGAAGCCAGUCCUGGUUUUACAUGCACCACUACCUGCAACUUCUGAUACAAGCAAGGAGGAUGGAGAUCAGCCACUACUGAAAGCACAAGAGGCACAACUCUCGAUCAGUCAUGAUGGGGAUUAUGCUACUGCCACCGUAUUGGCAGUCAACCAUUCUUCAUAA